CCGACCCACCACCACUAGCCCCUCCCUCCCCCACCUCGGGAUCGCCCCACGCGCCAAUCUCCCUCCUCCGGCGCCGCGGUACGGCACGGCACGCCACGCCGGGGGUGACCACGGCACGUGCGCUGCGCGGCCGCGCCAGCAGCCUAGCUAGCAACCAACGCCGUCACGUAACGGCGUCUCUCUCGCGGCGGUGGCAACGACCAGGUGCGGGGGGCCGCGCGCGCGCGUGCCGUAUAAAGGCUCCCACAGCUCACACGGGCAGCCGCCUGCCUAGCUAGCCGCUGGUAGAGGAGAAGCCGUAGCAGCGUGCGCAGAGAGAGAAUUCAGAGAGAGAGAGGGAGAGAGUUCAGAGAGGAGAGAGAGGAGUUCUCCAGGGCUUGCAAGCUCUGCGCGCGCGUGCUAGGGGAAGAUCAAUUGUUCCGGCGAUCGUUACCAGCCCAGGAGAAUAGCGCGUCCGGCGGCGAGGCGAUGCGACUGACCGACUGAUGCGCUAGAAUUAUGGGCAUCCAAGGGAACAAGGCGACGCACGACUUCCUCUCGCUCUACGCCCCCGCCGCCGCCGCGGCCGCCGCCAAGGACUCCUCUCUCCAGCUCCACGACUCCAAGCCUCCCGCCGCCUCCCAAGGUUUCUUUUUGAAGACGCACGACUUCUUGCAGCCGCUGGAGAAGCCGGCGGCGUCGGCACCGUCCGGCGACAGGCAGCAGCAGCAGCCGCAGACGACGAAGCACGCGCUGCCGGGCGGCAUCGGCACCUUCAGCGUCACCCAGCAGGUGCCCGGAGCCGCCGGACCACAGCCGGCCGCCGCCGCCGCGGUGGUGGUGAAGCCCGAGCCGCCGCCGUUCGUGCUCUGGGGCCAGCCCACGGCAUCACAGCCACCGAGAGCGCAAGGGCACCACCACCAGUGGACGCUCCCCUUCGCCGGCGCCGGGCAGGCGGCCACCGCGUACAGGAAGCACCCGUCGGAGCGGAAGCGGCGCGGCGGCGGCGGGUUCAUGGACUCUGGCUCCAGAUCCAGCGGCGGCGCCGGCUUCGACGACGACGACGGCCUCGCCGCGCGCCGCGAGGUCUCCUCCUCGCUGCAAGAGGGAAGAGUAGAGGGGGAAGGGAGGAGUUGGCGCGACCUGACGGCGGCGGCCAUGGAGGCGCGGUGCGCGCGGCCGUCGCACGUCCACCAGCUCCACGCUCACCUCCUGGUCUCCGGCCGCCUCCUCGGCGGCUCGCCGGCGCUUGCGCUCCUGCUGCUGCGCGCUGCCUGCCGCGUCCGUGCGUCCCCGUGCCUCCGCCCCCUCGCCCGCCACCUGCUCGACCACGUCCCCCACCCGCCCCCGCACCUUCUCCACGCCGCCUCCCGCCUCGCGUUCGGUCUCCGCCUGACCUCCCUCGCGCUCCGCCACUACCUCGCUCUCCGCGCGGGACACCCGGCCUUCCUCCCGCCCGCCCCUGCCAUUGGCGAUGUGCUCAAGUCUGUCCCUGGCCGCGCAGCCCAUGCCCACGCGUUACGUCUCACUGACGGGGACACGCGAUUCCUGCACAAUUCACUCAUCGCCAUGUACUUUUCCUGCGGGGAUGCCGGCCGUGCUCGCCGCGUGUUCGAGGGAAUGCGUGACUGCGACAGGGACGUUGUCUCUUGGACCUCUCUCAUCUCCGGGCUCGUGCAAAGUGGCAGCCCCUUGCAAGCGUUACGGCUGUUUGCAGCGAUGAUGUGCUGUCAUGUCCGUCCUGAUUUUGUGCUGCUUGUCACGGUCCUCAAGGCGUACAUGGAGCUCGAUGACUUGCCAGGUGCCAAAUCAGCUCAUUCCUUGGUAGUCAAGGGUGGCUUCGAUUAUGAACAAGAUGUUGUGACCACGUUGACGGCCAUGUAUGCCAAGUUUGGCUGCAUCGUGGCUGCGAGGGCACUCUUCGACAGGAUCCCGCCCCCGCGGGUAAAUGUGAUCCUGUGGAAUGCCAUGAUAUCGGGUUACUCCAAGAACGGGCUUGCCGGCGAGGCAGUGCAUUUGUUCAAGCAGAUGCAGGUGUUUGCAAGGAGCAUGAGCCCUGAUUCUGUCACGUUGCGGUCGGUGAUCAUGGCCUGUGCUCAGCUCGGCUCCACCGAGCUUGCAGUAUGGAUGGAGGAUUAUGUACGCCGCAGUGAGUGCAGGGAGGAUGUUCUCGUGAACACAGCGUUGAUUGACAUGUACGCCAAGUCAGGGAGCAUUGCCCAUGCGCGCAGAGUCUUUGAACAGAUGCGUGCCCAUGAGCGGGAUGUGGUAGUCUGGAGUGCAUUGAUCUCAGGUUACGGGGUGCACGGCCAUCUCGCUGAGGCCAUUGGUCUGUUUGAGGACAUGAAGCUUGCAGGGGUGAAACCGAAUGAUGUGACUUUCUUGGGGCUUUUGUCAGCGUGCAACCAUGCGGGCGCUGUGGAGAAAGGGUGGUUCUACUUUCAUUCCAUGAGACCUGACCACAAGAUCGAGCCUCGGCACCAGCACUAUGCUUGUGUGGUCGACCUGCUUGCUCGUGCUGGUCAGCUUGACAGAGCAUAUCGAUUUAUACUUGACAUGCCCACCAAGCCAGAGAUGAGUGUGUGGGGUGCCUUACUUCACGGUUGCAAGAUGCACGAGCACUCAAACAUGGCCAUGGCUGAGAGGGCAGCACAGCACAUCUUUGAGUUGGAGCAGUCCAACGCGGGGCAUUAUGUGCAGCUGGCAAACAUGUAUGCGUCUGCAGGGAUGUGGAGCCAUGUUGCUGGUGUACGGGUCACCAUGAGAGAGAGGGGUGUCACCAAAGCAACCGGAUGCAGCUCCAUUGAGGUCGAUGGAAAGAUGCACAACUUCCAUGCCUGGGAUCACUUGCAUCCAAGGGCCGCCGAGAUUUUCGCCUUACUCUGCCUUCUUUCUCAAAGUCCAACUGGCCAUGAAAUGGGGCAUGCCAGCUGUUGAGUUCCUUUUUGUAGUUAGGAAAAACUCCUCAUAUCCUGUAAUACUUUCACAUAGUAUCUUGGCAGCCAGCAUUAAUUGUGUCAUGCA